AUGUCCAACACGACCACGGUACAUAUUCUUCGCCACGGUCAAGCUCUACACAAUGUUGAUCGCCAUCACAGAGAACCGGAUCCCCCUUUGACAAACCUAGGAAUACAACAGGCAGAAGCAUUAAAUUUAUCCUUCUUGCCAGACGUCGUUGUCGUCUCUCCAAUGAUUCGAACGAUUGAAACAGCUUAUUAUGUGCUGCGUGGCAAACCGUGUAAAGUCUUGAUUUGGCCGGAUCUCAGAGAAGCACACGAUGCCAUCUGCAACAAAGGAUCACCCAGGAUUGAUUUAAUCAACCGGUACCCUGACCUAGAUUUCUCGGAAUGCUCAUCGGUGUGGGACUACGAAAAGCAUACUUCAGAGAACGCACACCUUCGAGCUUCGCGAGUUCGGUUGAGACUUGAAUCGCUCGGUAAGGAUUAUGCAAAUAUUCUAGUGGUCACGCACCGAGGAUUUAUAGCUCACCUUGUAGCCGGCACAACAUUUUUCAACUGCGAGAUGCGUUCAUAUCACUUUAUCAGUACCACCGAAUACAUCCGAGAGAAUGAGAAUGGAAUUUUGCAGGAUUUUGCUCCUCACGCUUUAGACCAGGAAGCAGUUGAACAGGAAGCAGAACUCUGA